AUGGAAGGCACACAUACCAUCCUCCUGUUGCACAAACCCAUUACAGAGCUUUGUUACAUCAGCUUCUAUCAUCCAGAGGGGGAAGUCACAGGAUUUACUUAUGUGGGCUCUGGAACUCUGGAUAGAACCAGUGAGAGUUUCUGUGGCUGCUAUCAAGUGAGGGAGAGGGUAGACAUGGCCCUGAGAGAACGGCCAUAUAAAGACCAUGGCGUUAUUAUUUUCAAGCAAACUACCACAAAAGACCUUCUCAAUGAAAUGUACAAACUGACUGCUGAAAAGGAAAACCUGUUAUCCAGUGUUUUGAGUUCUCAUCAUAUUCCGGACCUUAAGGCAGGACAUCAGGAGGAAAAGCGACAGGAUGUUUCCGGAGUCCCGACACUUAAAGGUGAUAAUUACUCCAUUCUUACACAUCAGCAGGAGUUACUACUGCAGGAUUCUACAAAGAGAGACAAUUUGAAUCACAAAAAAAUGAGGAAAUACAGAAGGAAAGAGAGUUCUGAAGAGAUCAGACAUCGUAAAGAGGGAAAAAAGAUACAUGAACAUCUCUUUUUACUGAGUACACAAGACAUCCAACAGAAAAAUAAGAUGGUCUCCACAAGACUUUCUACCAGGAGUUAUCCUAGCUCCUUUUCUCCCUCCAGCUGCCUAUCAGUAAAAGGUAAGGAUAAUUUACCAGUAGACAAUAGAAUACAACCAGAAAGGUGGAUAGAAGAGGGCUAUUUUCUUAAGACUAACAAAGCUGUGAAAUUGGAUGCUGACUUACCAAGUUCUAGCUCAAAAGACAUCAACAAUGUUGUUGCAGUUGAACCAGUAGAUAAUGGAGAAUGCAUUCCUGAAGUUACCAAGGUACAACAGAGGACCACUUUGGUGAAUUCAUCUCACUACGGUCUGUCUAACAAACUUGAGACAUUAAGUAAAUCUGCAGCUGCUAAAGGCUUGAAAAGUAGCAAGUAUGCUGAGCCAGUAUGCAAGGAGAAACCAGGAAUCACAGUUCUUGCUGAAGUCCAGGACUUCGACACUAGUAUUAAAAAAGUUACCAAUCCCCCUGCAGAGUCUUUGCCUGACUCUCACAGAGAUAACAAAACCACUUCUCCUGUUCUCACAAGAGCACAUAACGAGGUUAUAUCAAGAAGUGAUGUGUACUCUGUAGAUGAAGCUGCUGGAGACUCUAAUAACAGUGUGCUGCAGGAAAAGGAGGAAGACAGCUCUGGUUUGCAGUACAAAGCAGAGAGAGUGCACAUUACUGAUGAGUCAUGCAACCUUGUGGGAGCAGUUAAUAAAGCUCUUCUGAAAGUUAUCCGGAGCGACAGUUUAGAUGAAGCUGCAGAAUGGAAGAGACUGCAACAAAUUACAAGAGUAGACAAAAACCUGCCAGGCUCACCAUAUGAGAAAAGGACCACGGUAUCCCAGGGAAACAGCAAGCAUUUAUUUUUGAACCUGCCUGUAAAUGAAAGUCCUGAUAUUCCUCAGACAAGUAAUAAUCUUAAACUGGAAGAGAAAAGGCUGCAUUCACCCCCAUUAGCAGCAGUGAGUAAUGUUUUUAGUAAUUCAUAUCCGCUAUCUAAUACACACAAACAAAUGUCACCUAUUCCUUCUCCAUUAUCUUCGAGACUGCCCAGCCCGCAGCUGCACCACCGGAUCCUCCCGCUACCAACACAGAACACCGAGGACGAAUCCAUGCUCAGUGACUAUGGCCAUGGAAGGCACGGUGCUAUAAACUUCUCUUUCAGUGAUUUGGAGCCAUCAUUUUAUCGGAAGUUUUCUGAUCCUGGAGAAUUGGGAUUUGCCAGCAGACAACGGGGCCUACAUCAGAAUGCAACUGCAGGACAUUUUGAAAAGUGUGCUGUGCAAGAAAAAUUAACUACUCGGACACAGCAGAGUUUCUGUCCAGUUAAUUUGGCCCUCCCGGGCGCUGGCCGCUCUCCCGCCGCCCGGCGCUCCCGGUCCCUGGGCGCGGCCGCAGCCUCUGAUAAGUACCUGCGUGCACCUCUCAGCAGCAGCUGUGCAGGGCAAGGACAGUGCGCUGGCGCACCGGGACAAGGAAGUAGGGAGCAGCCGCAGCGCGCUCGGCCCGGCGGGACGGCUGCUGUAGCUGCCGGGGGCGCGCAGCCCGUCGGGGUGCGGAGCACCGGGGGACCAUCGGUCGGGCUCCAGCCGAGGUUAGUGCUGGGACAAACCCCUCUUGCGCGAGGGAACAAGCUCCGGACGUCGCCGAGAACUGUUUUUUUACGGCGGGUCGUUCUGCUGCUCCCUUGGCGGAGCCGGAGCCCCGACGGCGGAAGGAGCGGCGGGGCGGCCCGGCCGGGAGCGCGGGAGGCCGGCGGCCUGCGCGGGCCGGGCCGGGCCGGGCCGCCUUCAGCAGCACUGCUGCGAGCGAACCUAUUCUCUACUUCACGCAACAUGGAAGAACAUAAUGGGACGCCUGACUGUAGUCAGCUUUUAGACCUGAAGAACACAGCAGAAAGCGACCCUAACCCACUCACUACAUUUUCUGUGAAAACACUGUUUGGACUUACAACUAAGCUUGAAUCUACAGCUCCUACAGAAGAAACAGUGCUUAAAGCAUUUCAACCUUUGCACAGCAAUAUAAAUACUCACGCUAACACCUGGCAUGAGAGGAAUGAUAAUGGAUGUAAUGAGGACUCAGAAAAUCAGCACAGCAUGGACAGUACCAGUGGCCAGGCUGACCCAAUGUCUGGCAGGCAGGCAGGCCUGGAGCUGGAGUUAGCUGACCAAAAUGAAUUACUUCUUCAGCAUUUGAGGUUUGUUCAGCCUUCUUUGUCUGAAUCUGACAAUGAUGACAAGGAUGUUAUUCUUGUACAAGGUACUUUGGUUCAUACAACAAGUGACACAGAAUCGGACACGGAGAAUAAGGACCUAGACACCGAUGAGAACAAUGCAAGCAAAUAUGGGCUAAAAAAUGCUGCUUUGUCUGCUGAGGCCUUGGACAACAGCAAUCAAAAUAAGGGAGAGUCAGAAUCAGAAGGGCACAGCAACAAUGAUGACACUGUGGAUACAGACGACAUUGAAUUACACCCACCAUUCUCUAACCAGCUCCCAAAAGAGCUGGAUGGUAUUCUACAGUAUGACUCCAAUGGAAAAGACAAAAUGUUAAUGGAUGAGCAAUUCACUCAUUUGCUUGCUACAGGAGAAUGUCCUCAAGAACUUUCAGAUGAAGAACAAAGACCUUCCGUUGAUAAUAUAUCACUCCAAAAAACAGCACUGGCUGAAAAGACUUUCCAGCUGCCUGCUUUCUUCAGUGGACUACGUGUCAGGAAAAAGGGACUAACCACAGAAGAUGGGGAAACUGUUACAGAAAUUAAACCAAGGGAGAAUGAUUUAGCUCUCCUUAAAUUACGACAGCCUGUUAAGAAAUCCAAUAUUGCAUCAGGUUUGACCAUUAAAAAAAAAUCAUCUGAACCUAAAGCAAAUCCCACUUUUCUAGAACAACUCUCGCAUUUGUUAAACAUAGACGUCUCCAAGAAUGAAGAUAGAACUGAGGACUCUGCUGAGGGAUCUGGGGAGACCGAGGACAGUGAUGAAGCUCAAGAGAACAAAGCCUCCAGCAAAAGAGAACCACGAUUUCCCUCUGAGGAGAUAAAAUCAAGCCCUGCUGAAUCUGCACUGGAUGCCUUUAAAGCCUUAUUCACGCGACCUCCCAAGAAAGAAACAACUGCAGAUCCUUCAGAGCUGGAAGCCCUGAAACGCAAAAUGAGACAUGAAAAAGAGUCCUUGAAAGCUGUAUUUGAAAGGUCAAAAUCAAAACCUGGGGAUGGACCAUCAGACAAAUCUCCUGACCUGAGUCCCUCAGAGCAAGAUGACAAGACUCCAGGGAGACUCCAGACUGUCUGGCCGCCACCAAAAGCAAAUCAUGAAGAAGUAAAAGUAGGAUUGAAGUACACAGAAGCAGAGUACCAAGCUGCCAUUCUGCAUUUAAAGAGGGAACACAAAGAAGAAAUUGAAACAUUAAAGUCUCAGUUUGAACUCAGGGUAUUCCAUAUUCGUGGAGAACAUGCUGUCUCAACUGCUCAGCUUGAGGAAACCAUUGCACAUCUGAAGAAUGAACUUGAUAAUAAAUUAAACAGAAGAAAUGAAAAAGCAAAGGAUAUUGGUGUUUCUACUGAAGAUGAUAACCCACCAAAGGCAUACCGAAAUGUAUGUAUACAGACUGACAGAGAAACUUUUAUAAAGCCUAGUGAAGAAGAAAACAGAGCUGUGAAAAAUAACCAAAUAGUACCCAAAAAGCUUAAUAUUUCUUCUUUGACACAUAGUAUAUCUGCCCAAAGUGAAAAUAAGGACAAUUACAAUGUACAGUCAUCAGAAAGUGUCUUGUCUUGUCAACCAAAACAAAUGCUGCCUCCACCACCACCACCACCACCACCUCCUCCCCUUCCUGAUUCUUCGCUGUCUGCUGUAGUUCCUCCACCACCACCUUUGCCAAUGGGUCCGGCUUCACUGACAUCUCAGUUUGGAUCUCAUCCACCGCUGCCACCUCCACUUUCUGAAGGCUGUAGGGAUUUUCAGGCACCACCACCACCGCCACCCCCACCGCUUCCGGGGCUGGGACCUCCUGUUCCUCCUCCACUGCCUGGAUCUGGGUUACCUCCACCCCCUCCACCUCCUGGGCCUGGGUUCUUUUUUAAUAGCACUUUAUCUUCAAACCAAGGUCCUCGAAAACCUGCCAUUGAACCUGGCCGUCCCAUGAAGCCUUUGUACUGGACACGAAUACAAUUGCAAGAUAACAGGAAAACUGCUAUGCCAACAUUAUGGGAAUCACUGGAAGAACCUGAUAUACUUGACACUACUGAGUUUGAAUAUUUAUUCUCCAAAGACACCACUCAGGAAAAAAGAAAACCAUUAUCAGAGACUUACGAAAAAAAAACCAAGGCCAAAAAGAUUAUCAAAUUGCUGGAUGGAAAGCGAUCUCAAACUGUAGGAAUUUUAAUAUCGAGUUUGCACUUGGAGAUGAAGGAUAUUCAACAAGCUAUAUUGUGUGUCGAUGACUCUGUAGUAGAUCUGGAGACACUGGAAGCCCUAUAUGAAAAUAGAGCACAAAAGGAUGAGCUGGAGAAAAUCAAGCAAUAUUAUCAGACUUCAAAAGAGGAGGAACUGAAGCUUCUGGAUAAACCAGAACAAUUUCUGUAUGAGUUGUCUCAAAUCCCCAACUUCGCAGAGCGAGCUCAGUGUAUUAUCUUCCAGUCGGUUUUCUCUGAAGGGAUAACGUCAGUGCACCGGAAGGUCGAUAUUGUGACUCGUGUUUCCAAGGCUUUGCUGAGCAUGAAAAGUGUAAAGGAAAUUUUGGGCUUGAUUCUGGCUUUUGGAAAUUAUAUGAACGGAGGGAAUAGGACCCGAGGUCAAGCUGAUGGGUUUGGUUUGGAAAUACUCCCCAAACUAAAGGAUGUCAAAAGCAGAGACAAUGGUAUUAAUCUUGUGGAUUAUGUUGUCAUAUACUACCUACGCCAUUGUGAUAAGGAAGCAGGAACAGACAAGAGUAUUUUUCCUUUACCAGAACCACAGGAUUUUUUCCAGGCCUCCCAAGUUAAAUUUGAAGACCUAAUAAAAGACUUAAGGAAACUGAGGAGAGAUCUAGAAGCCUCUGAAAAGCAGAUGAAGUUAGUUUGCAGAGAGUCUUCUGAAGAACAUCUCCAGCCCUUCAAGGAGAAAUUAGAGGAAUUCUUUCAGAAAGCUAAAGAAGAACGGAAAAAAGAAGAGAACAGUUUGGAAAAUGCUCAAAAAUGCUUUGAAGAAACAGUGGGAUACUUUGGGAUAAAGCCAAAGCCUGGUGAGAAGGAGAUCACACCAAACUACGUUUUCACAGUGUGGUACGAAUUCUGCAGUGACUUCAAGACCAUUUGGAAACGAGAGAGCAAAAGCAUUUCCAAGGAACGAAUUAAAGUGGCUCAGCAAUCAGUGAGCAAGUUAACUGCAGAGAAGAAAGUUGAAACGAAGAAAAUCAAUCCUACAGCUAGCCUGAAAGAAAGACUACGUCAGAAGGAAGCCAGUGUGACUGCCAACUGAAGGAAGAUGAAUGAAAACAGUGCAGUGAUUUCAUACAUUGCCUGAUGCUUUACUACACCAAUGGCCCAGGAAGCACCUUAUGUUAGAUACUGAAUUCUGCUUUGCUGAUCUGUCCCAAGACAAUCCAUUAAAGACUUUUGAGUUCCUUCAGAGGGGUUUGUAUGUUCAGUGGAGGGAAUUCUAAGAAGGU